UAUUGCAUAAAAUCUUCAAUACUCUCAAUUUGAAGCAAAAUCUUAGAUCGAAAUUUCAAGCCUUCACUAAGACCAAAACCAAGGAUAAAUUACAAAAUAUAAGCAGUUAAAUCGAAUAAGAGACCGUGGAACUAUCCAAGCCUUUCUUCGCCAGGAACUGGUCAACAGAUAAUUGUGACAUUGAGCUGUUUAUGAUACAAGCAACAUUAUGGCGUCUUAUUUUCUUGCUGAGUUAUACGGGAGAGAUGAUGACAGAGGGUCUAUGUGACGCAGAUAGUUAUACGAACGGUUGUAGUGUACCUCUUGGAUUGGGCACGCCGUUCAAGAAAACUUUUACCAAAGCUUGCAACAAACACGAUAUUUGCUACGGAUGUGGCUACCAUUUCCAAUGGUCACGUGCAGACUGCGACGCCUCGUUCCUGCGCGACAUGAAGAUUCUCUGCAAGCCACGUGUGCUGUCGCGCAAGAGACGCUUCAUCGAGGCACUGAUGGAAUUAUGGGACUUUCUGCGAGGAAUAAGCAAGGAGGAGAAGCGAUGUCGCAUGAUGGCCGAUAUGUACUAUGACGGAGUGAGGAUGUUCGCCGAGUCACACUUUGAGAAGAAGAUACACCAUACCUACUGCAACACCACGUGCGCAAAACUACACGGAAGUCCGUUUGUGCCCUUGAGAAGAACUUGGGGAUGAAUGUUUGCUGCGGUGUAACGUGUUUUGUAUGCUACGUGAACUAACCUGUUCUCGAGCAGGGUCAGAAAACUUGAAUAAAUCUUCCUCAGCUGCGGUAGCCCAUGUUUGUAUACAGGACAAACUUGAAAGCAAACCGACCCUAGAAAAAAAGGAUUAGAUUUGAUUUAGCAUGCGUAAUGUUAAACAGGCCUUAAUCAGACGUAACCGUUUGGUUAGUAGGCUUCCAGUUGACUGUAAAAAUGUAAAUACUAGUCUCAUAAAUGUUUUUUUUAAUUAUUUUUUUUUUGAGUUUGUGUAAUUGUAUCUCUCGAAAUCAUGGCAGUAGAUCAGCCUUGGGAUUAGCGGUUAAGAUUAGGGUCCUGAUUGGGAUUAAAUGGCGAUAGUAAUUCUAUGUUGAGUAAAUCCUAAGUACACGAAUUUAAUCCAUAAAUUAGAUUAGGAUUAGAUUUGGGAUAACCCUAAUCAGCUAUAGAUCUAACUAAUUCUAACCUAAU